CACUAACGUACAUUUUGGACUUUGGCAGGAUUUCAUAAAUUAAAUUUUAGGUCUUUAUGCACAGGCCUUGAACACGCCAGCUCGAAUCUACGCAAGGCACAUGCGGCUGCGUCAAAUUAUCGGACACUUGCAUAUCGGUUAGCAACUUUUUAGAGCAUUCCGCAGCGUCCUUGUCCUUUGUCCCUCGAAACGAUUUGUUAUGUUUGCGGUACCCGGUUGGAAUGUCCCCGCGGCCUCGCUGGUAAAGGAAAAGUCUGUUCCAAAGCCUGAAAAUGGACGCUCUUCGGGGAAAGACAAAUCCGUGACGAAGAAGAGGAAGCGGGAAAACAAUGGCACUGAGCAGUCAUCUAAGGUCACUGGUCUAGACCUCGAGAAACUGUGGAACCAACGGCGCGAAGCGAAAGCCCCCAAACAGAGCGAGUCUGCGCAGCGAAGGCCUCGUUCCAACGAACCCAAUGCUGACACCAAGCGGAAGGUGACUGAGGAAGUCAAGGACAGCUCCAAGAAGAGCAGGCAGAGAGCAAGAGGUGACAAAGGCAAACGUGAACACACCAAACCUCUGGGCAACGCAGGCGUGGAGGGAGCUGGAAAGGAUGGCGCCAGCGAGGGCCCCGGCACCAAGUCAACGCCAACGGAGACAUCGAAAACCGUCCUCCAGACUUUGCCGCCUGUACCAUCAGCGGCAAAGCUGACCCCAUUACAGGCGAAAAUGCGCAGUAAAUUGACCUCAGCCCGAUUCCGCCAUCUCAAUGAGACAUUGUACACAACUUCAUCUUCAGACGCCUUGAAUCUCUUCACUACCUCUCCUGACCUCUUCGCCGAAUACCACGCAGGAUUCUCCCAGCAAGUGAAAGACUCAUGGCCGCAAAACCCUGUCGACCAAUAUGUCCGCUCGAUAUUGUCCCGGGGAAAGCUUACGGAUCCUAAAACGUCAGCCAACAUAAACACACUGGCCAGCAUACCACUCCCUCGCCGAAAGACCGGAAGUUGUACAAUUGCAGACCUGGGUUGUGGCGACGCGCCUCUAGCAAGAGGAUGCCAGUCACAAAUCAAGGCCUUGAAGCUCAAAUUCCACAACUACGAUCUACACGCCCCCAACAAUUUUGUUACCAAGGCCGACAUUUCAAAUCUACCUCUCCGAGACGGCGAAGCAGACAUCGUCGUCUUCUGUCUAAGUCUUAUGGGCACGAAUUGGCUGUCCUUCGUCGAAGAGGCAUGGCGUGUCCUCCGUGGCGAUGGCAAAGGUGAAGUCUGGGUCGCCGAAGUCAAGUCUCGUUUUGGUCGAGUGACGAAGGGGCCAGGUCAUGUCGUCGAAAACAGCGUAGGGAAGCGACGCAAGGUUCCACAAGCAAAACGGGAAGACGAAGUCGACGGGGAAGAGCUUCUUGUUGAGGAGAAAGAGGCUAUCGCUGAUGGAACCGACAUCUCUGCAUUCGUCAAGGCCUUCUCUCGUCGUGGCUUUGUACUGCGUGAAGACUCGGUCGACAAGAGCAACAAGAUGUUUGUAAGUAUGGUGUUCAACAAGUCAGGUGUUUCAGCAUCAGGAAAGCACAAGGGUCUCAAGUGGACGGGCCAAGAAUACCAGAAAGUCCAGGAAGGAAGACCCAAAUUUGUGAGUGGUAAACGAGGCGACGACGACGAUCACGAUGUGCCGCCCGAGGAGGAAGCCAAAGUCUUGAAACCAUGCGUCUACAAGACAAGAUGAGCUUAUGAGAAGAUGACA